AAUGUAUAUCCGUCGUAAAUACAUGUAAUCGCUAAAGACACAGAUUACUUUAAAGUGUACAAACGUUCAAAAGUUGACAAAUCCCACUCGGCACUGGUCGUCCGUGGUGAACCGUAGGUUGUUCACGUGACAUCACAACCGAAAAUAGCAUCGAUGUGGAAAUGGACUAGAUUCAUUUUAAAGGUUUAGCGAAGAAAUGUCCGUAGCCCCUGGCACAAAGGUUAGUCGAUUCUUACAAGCUAAGAUUUACUUGUACUUUUGAAGUUUCACUUUGUUUUCUUUUUUGUUUAGGUUCGGGUGUUGUAUGAUUUUGAAGGUGAUGCACCCUCUGGAGAACUUGUUGUCUACACUGACGAAAUCCUGAUCCUGACGCGGACGGUACGUGUGUCUUAUAGUUUUGUAGUUCUUUAGUUUCUUGUAGUUUUAUUUUUACCUCUUUCUUUUUCCUUUUCCUUUCCUUAAAAUUAUUUCGCGUUCAUUUCGUUGCAGGAUGUUGGAGAAGGUUGGUGGGAAGGUAUCAGCCCUGAUGGAACACGGGGAUUGUUCCCUGAAGCCUAUGUUGAGGUGAGCUUGCAGUUAGUAUUCCGUUAUAGUUUUCAUAACGACACGAUCGGCAAUUAGUUAAAUGAUUUGUUAACUUCCUCGCAUACGAACUCCUUUUUAAUAAUUGCUCUUUCGUAAUUUUAAUUAUUAGCUGACUGUAACAAGUGACUGACCUUAAUGCUGACAUAAUUGCACCUCGGUGAAUACAAUAACAAUACUUUUACGUAAGAACUCGAGUCUUAAUCUGUGAAAAAUAUCAUUGCAAUUCAUGGAGACCACAUUAUUUUAAGAUUUUGACACGAAAUCUCACACUGUUUCGAAAUUAAUGGGCAUUUGUAUUGCAAACGUGUUCAGGUUUCUUCCAGCCAGCAGUCUGCAUGCGUGGCCUAACUGCGAUUUGAACAAUGGUGUGAAUGGUUGUCUAAUUGGCACUCAUUGCUCUAAGCAAACAAGGCAGAGCUGUAUGGUUAGUUUCAAAAAAUUCAACUAUAGACUAAAAAAGUCCUUCACAUCUGGAAAUGUAUUACAGUAUAGUGAAGUAAAAAACUGCGUGCCGUGCAGUGAUGUGCUUGUAAACGGUUUGACAACCAACGAAAUUAAAUUAUCCGUCGCUGAAUUUUCCCUUACUUAUUUGUGUAGUAUUGAUUAUAGCCAACUAAUAUUGGUUUAUUUGCAUUUUGCUAAAUUAACUAUAAACAGGUCAAGGAUACGGCUGAAUUCAGUUUUGAAAAUAAUAUUAGAUGCAGUAUACCUGGAAAUAAAAAAUCUCAAUUUCUAUUUUUCUUUAAGGAAUUGAACCUCACAAUGUGGCAUAUUAGAUGUUCAACAACGAACACUAUAAGAGGUCCUCAGUAGGAAAAGAAACUUUAUAUCAGGGGGCCUGUUUUAUUUUGAAAAACCACCACCAUUUGCAAAUUAAAGUGCUUAAGACACAUUAUCUUAUUUGGGCAUGGUCUUGUGCUUUCCAUUUCCCCUUCCACUUCAGUUUCUAGCCACACAAGACCAUGCUCAAAACCUAGACGGGCAACGUUCAAUAGGGAAGAGAGAAGAGUGAAUUUUGUAUCUCAUAGAUGUAUUACCAGCCGUGAUUUUAUGCAGGAAAGGCCAGUUUUUCUCACUGUCUCAACAAUUUUGCGAUUAGAUGAGGCAAACCAAAAUAAAUUCAACAUGACAAAUUCAAUUAAUUGUUAAGAAACUGAAAAGAAAACUUGCUUUUAUUUAACCUCUGUACCUACUGUAAUUAAUGAAUUGUGUGCCUAAUUAGCUUUUGAGUCGUGCAUUAUUUGUCUUUAACUUGAGAAGAUGUUAACAAGAACUUCCUGGUUUCAAGAGUUCUAGCUUCCAAAAGGCAAGAAGAGGCACUUGCCUCCUCUACAGUUACAUAGAUUUUAACCCAAAAUUUUGAAAAAAUAAAUUUGGAAAAUAAUUCCCUGUUGAAAAGGUUAUUGUAUCUGAAGAACUUCCUUAUGACAUAUGCUGGACCAACAGACCCCUCUAGCAGCUUGCACCUUAAAUCAGUGGUAGCAGAUCUUGCCUUGUCUGUACCUGCAUAUCUACAUGUGCAAUGCUGGUUUUAGUUUUUGCACAUCACAGGGCAUUUCCGUAUAGAAGCAGUUUGGGUUUCUGUACUUAUAAUAAUGAAAGAUUAUAACGGAGUUUUUCAAAGUGGCCUCUAUCAUCAGCUGACUAUCUACACACUCACUUAAUUUUGUUGUGUUCUCAUUAAACAAUUGUUAAGUAAAAUGCUGUCAUUCUUUAUCAGAUUGCUGAUAAUUCAUACCAACCUCCGCCUCAAUCAAACAAUUUUCAUCCCCUGCCAUCUGCACCUCUAAAUAAUCAAGGCUCCAUUGAUACAGCUGAUGGCUGGGAUGAUGACUGGGAUGAUGAUGAAACCGUCAGCAGUUACAAUGGUGAGCAGGAGUCAGAGAACACAUUGUCGUCCUUACCCAGAAGAAACACCAACUCUGGGAUCAGCAGAUCAGGGACUGUUCGCAAGAGCAUGAACAGGUGGCAUUUGAGUUUUGAAUAUAGAUGAUGACUUAACUCUCUCCUUAAAGAAAGAAAGAGUUAGGUUUCAUUCACAGUCUAGGGAUUUUGAUGCUUCCUUAAGAUUGCAUUGCAUGGAGUGGACUGUUUCACAGAUGCUAAACGUCUGGGACACUCUUUCUUUUGUGUCCCCCCCCCCAAAAAUCAAUGACUCAACACCCAACUCCCCCCCCCUGCCAAUAAGAAAAAUCAACCCAGUUCCCAAAUUAUAACAUGGAAGUGGCUUAGGACUUCACAUGAAGACUUACAUGUACUGAGUAAAAUAACAUCAACAUUUGCUUCAACAUUAUUAAUAAUGACCUAAUAAUUUUUGUCAGUGAUGAAAUAUGUGGAGGUUGAGAUGGUUAACUCUGCAAUGAAUGCGGUUUCAUCUCAUUAGAAAAUAGAAAAACUCUGUUGAAGCAUGUGGAAUAUGGUUGAGAUUAAUUUGUUACUCUCACAAGAAUAAACAUGUUGUUUUUCUUAUCCUCUUGAUUAAGACUGUGGUCCAGUUUACUCUUGAACACGUAGUUUGUUGAUAUUUACAUGUACAUGUAAUGCCUGGUACAUAAGAAUCUCCGGAACUAAGUUGGUUGUCAUUUAAUCAUAUGCAAUAGAGUAUAAAGUAAUAUAGAGUCCCCUUGAAAAUUGUUGACAAGGACACACUGCCCCCUCCCCUUGGAUUAAAAUCAUAGAUCAGACAUUGCUUGAGGUCAUAGAGUUUCUCACUAGUGUUUAAGAAUUGAUAUCACUUCUCUAGGUUUUCAAAUUUUGUCAAGUCUGGUGGAGAGGCAUACAUAAUCGGCUCGUCAAACACAGAUGUGAAAAUUCCUCGUGAGGAAAGAGUUGCUAUUCAGGUGUGCCUGUGUUUAUUGUUAAGAUACUUUUAAUGUCAGUUGUCUUGUUUACCCUGUAAUAACCUAAAAAGAAAAACAUGAAGUUUGUUUAAUAUUGAUCUAUCAAACUAGGACAUAAUCCUUAUUUUUUUAACACCCUUUGUUUGUCGACCUCUCAAUGAUUUGAGUCAUCACUGACCUUCCUUCACCCAUCAAACCUUAAAAUUUUACCACCCCCCAAAGGGGAGGUUCUGAGAACCACGAUUUAAUUUUAAAAAUUGUACAAAGUUUAUCCAAAUAAACUGAACAGACAGUUUUAAUUUUUGCAGGAGGAAGGCAAUAGAAUUGUGUGGAGCAGAGACCCAGAGCCAUUUACUUGUGUAGUAAAUGCACCUGAGAAGAAAAGUAAAUUCAAAGGAAUGAAAAGUUUUAUAGCCUACAACAUAACUCCAAGUGUAAGUAUUUUUGUGAAGUUUUAUAUCAUCAAUACAUCCAUUAUUUCUCACCAUUUACAUGGGGCAGGUACAAAACUCAGAGCGUAUCAACUCAUUUACUACACAUCGGGAAAACAAUGGGUAUUAUAUUCUGGUAAGCACAGAUACCAGUACCUAAACACUCACCAGUGUGGCCUCCCUGAUGGAUAAUUUGCUGUGAUUAUAUGACACUCCAAAUGCAGUGGUGAAUUACCUUAACAGUUGCCAAACUUAUGACAGGUACAGAAUGCAGGUCACAGAUCACAGGUCACAAGUGCAGGUUAGAGUGAAAGUCACCAUGCUUAGGUGAAAAAAAAUAAAACUUAAACAGUGUUUCCUAGCCCUAAUCAGAAUCUGAAAUAGCAUUUAAGCUUGACGGGACACUGUUUAUCUGAGUUACCCGUAUUUGUUAACAGAACAGCAUGCAGUGACCAGCCUUGCACUUGUGACCUGUGAUCUGUGUUUUGUACCUGCCACAAAACUUACCAACUCAUCCAUUGUAACUGCAAAACCAAAGUUUUGUGUUUCAUUCCCUGCCAAAGUACCUCCACAGUUCUUUAGCAGACUUUUGAUUCAACCCAACAGCUUGCACAUAGAGAACUUAACAUUAUCUACUUUGUUUGUAAAUAUAUUUUUGUUUCUUUUUGAUCCAGAGUACUGGAAUUGUUGUCAGCAGACGUUAUAAACAUUUUGACUGGUUACAUGAACGCUUUGUUGAAAAGUUUACAUCCAUUUCAGUUCCACCACUGCCAGACAAACAAAUAACAGGUAAUAAAUCCUAUAGAUCUCUGAAUCUCAGUGUAACACCUUCCACACAAACGAUAAACAUUUCAUCAGGGACACAGUCAGCUGAGGCAUAUGCGCAUUAGAUAGCAUUUCUUACAGGUCACUGUAUAUUGCACACUUUAGUUAACUUGGGUACCUCAUACGUGUAGUUUGCAAGCAUGGUCUUAGUAGAGAACUUACUCUAAUAAAUGGUGGGUACAAUAGGGACAUAGGGACAAGAGGGAAUGCAGAGCACUUUUUACACUGUAAACAAAGCUGGCCUGUAAGUGUUUUAUUAUUGUAUUUGAGGCUUUGUUAAGGUUACAUCCAUUCUGGUAACAAUUAACAUCCACUCACCGACUCAUAAUAAUGAAUUCAACAAUCAAAGCUCAGUCAGUAAUAUUAACUAUUAACUUUAAAACCAUGCGUCCCGGCUUAUUAUGUGUACUGCACAUAAAGCCAUGUUUCUCACCUAAAAAUGUUACUGUGCAACUCGAAUCAUAACGUACAUGUAUCUGAAACACACUUUUCUGUUUGUAGGAAGAUUUGGUGAAGAAUUUGUUGAGAAAAGAAGAGAAAAAUUGCAAAUGUGGAUUAGCAGAAUUUCUAUUCAUCCUGUUCUAUCUCGAAGUAUGGUGUUUCAUCAUUUUAUCACGUGUGGGGAUAAUGAAAAGGUUUGUAGAACGUAAAACUCUUUUUACUCUAGAUGAGUAGUUUUUGAGAGUGCAAGAAGAGGUACAAUGGGUGAAGCUAAACUAGCCAUUUUCCCCUUACCCAUGGGAAAGCAACGUUUUGUGUGUGACCGAAUUUCCCAAGGGGAACUUGCAAUGGGAAAUUUCCGUGGAUAUGUCAAAAAGAACAAAAGAAUUACCCAUGACAGUUCCUGAGGUAAGUUCUACGGGUUGAAUAAAACCCAAAGCGGCUCAACUAAUCACGAGAAAGUGAAAAUAUAUACCAAAUCACGUGAAGCAUACUCUGGGUGCCAGAGACUUUUCUAGCGCGGUUCCCGGGUUCUGUCAAGUCUUUAUAGCGACCCGCGCCGCUCGUGGCUUCGGCCUUCGGCCAACACUGAAAAUUUCCGCCGCACGCGAGAAAAACCUCUGGUACCCAGGGUAUGUGAAGCAGAGUAAACAAAUAAAAUUAUAAAACCAGUAUUCUUAGUAUUGAUAUUGUCAAAUUAUUAUGUCUAACUAGGAAUGGAAGCAGGGAAAAAGAAAAGCAGAGUGUGAUAAGCUAGUUGGAGCAUCUUUCUUCAUGACAGUGGACUGUCCACCACAAUCGUUACAGCUUACAGUAGUGUGAGUAGCUCUGUACUCGUUCGUAAUGUCAGUACUCGUGUCGUAUAGCAUAGACCAUGCCGGUAAAAUUAAUUUUCAUCACCCAACCGACCGACCCACCUUUUUGUCAAUAUUUUUGUGACUUAAGCACAGCAUUGAUGUAAAACAGCAAUUUCCUCGUGACAUAUCUUCUUUAUUACCAGACUCAAAUUUUGCAAGUAAAUGAGGGCAUACCCUGGGUGCUAGAGACUUUUCUAGCACGGUUUCCGGUUUCUGUCAAGUCUUUAUCGCCGCUUGUGGCUUCGGCCUACGGCCGAAGAUAUGUCGGCCUUCGGUCAACACCGAAAAUUCUCGCCGCACGCGUGAAAAACCUCUGGUACCCAGGGUAAUGAGGGCACCAAUGGAGGCAAAAUUUCUGGAUGACAACAAACCGAAAACCCUGGGAUGCUCGUCGGAAAUUUUGAAUGAAACCCUUAAAGGAGACCAAUGUGGGCGUGGCCCAACCUUUUUUUGACCCCUAAAGGCGAUCAUUUUAAACUUUAAUUACAUGAAUCGAGUAAAUAAAACGAAUUGGAAAUAUAUAAUUUUUUAAUAUUUCCUCGAGUGCAACCCUAAAAGAGACCUUUUACGGCUAAAUAUAAUGGUGUUUUGGCCAGAAUUCCCUAAGCGAGACCAAAAUCUGAAAUUUGCACCCCUGAGCGAGACGACAAGCAUCUCCGCCCCUUUCAUAUGAGAGUUCCCCCCCCCCGGGCCGAAAACGUCAUUGAAAAGUGAAUUCGCAAAGUUUCAAACUUCAUCGAUCGUAUUCAAUUUGAUUUAAUUUGUCAAAUGUUGGCAAACUUUUCUGGGUUGAAUCCGAAAGGACCGUAUCUAAGUUUAGAAAAAGAAAAAGAAAAUUCUUGUGCUGUGUUUACCUACUCCAUAAAGCGGGCACGUGAAAUUAGGAAGUUUCAUGUCGCAGUCGUGCAACGGCGGCUAUAGCCUGCGAAAACAUCCGUUUCUCCUCGCUCUUCGCUGAUGGGGACGUUUCGCGCAGAGGAACGUCUGUGACUCAGCGACAGAAAUUCCAUACUGAUGACGUAAAAUCUGUCCGGAAUCCGGUCAGAAGCGCUGAUUGGUCGACCGAGUAGUUACAUUGUUUUAGCUAUUGUUUACGAAUGACAGACUAAGACAAAAGACAAAAGGCCACAAAGGGACAGAGCUGAACAACGUCUGCGCAUGUGCAGAGAGGGGAGAGGUCUGGGAUCUAACCUAGUAUCGUUUUCAAAGGGAUUUUCAAAACAUCCUCACAUUUUGGCGAUUAUUAAGGUGGAUUCUGAAUAUUCAAGGCUCCCAUUUAAACUAAAGGUAGAUUAUUUCAUACUUUAUUUAAUUCUCGUUUCUACCUUUGUAAUUUUUCUUCUACUUUUUUCUAUGAACAAAAGAAGACGCACGAAAGAAGCGUCCCCGCUAUAAAUAGUAUCGUUUGCAAAAGGAUUUUCAAAACAUCCUCACAUUUUCCUGAUUUUUAAGGUGGUUUCCGAAUAUUCAAGGCUCCCAUUUAAACUAAUAGUAGAUUAUUUCAUACUUUAUUGAAUUCUCGUUUCCACCUUCGCAAUUUUUCUUCCGUUUUUUGCUAUGAACAAAAGAAGGUGCACGGACGAAGCCGAAAACAGUUCUUUCAUUCGAAUGUGUACAUUUUCAAGCGUAAACACAUAAAAGUACAGACUAUCAAUAUGUUAUCAGUUCUAAUAAAUCGUCCGGACAUCAUAUCAGUGUCAGCAUUAAAAGUACAUUUUAUUUAUCUUUGUUUUUCCUUGAAUGAUGGUCUUUUAGUUAUUUCUCUUGUCAUAUCUCGCUUGGUUUUACAAUAAGAACUGUAAGAACACAAAACAAUCACUGAGGUUUCGAAUUCAAAAGUUCUUUCUUCCAAACUUGUUUCCCUUUAUGACUCAUUCUUAGUUCAGCUCAAAAGAGCUAUUAUAAAUUUUUGUAUAUGACAACAGGCAAAAUUAAUGUUGAAAAGAGUAAAUGGGUAAGUAAUACAGUCGAUGUUUGCUGGUAAAAGUAUCAAUAAUAUCAACGACUUGAAGUUCUCUCAAAAGCUUCAGUACAGGGGGAAGAACUUUCAUUUAUUUUUCUCUUCGAAGUCUAGAUCUUCAUUCCUUGAUUCUUCUGCUUCAUUCAAUCCUGCCAUAAAUGGAAAACCUAUAGUUAAUACGAAAACUCACAUACAGCUGAGCCAACUUGUGAUUGUUUCUCUAAACUUCAACAGCUUUAAACUUUAAAAGUUUAAUCAUUAAUAAGCUUAAGGUGCAAAUUAAAUUUUAAACAAACUUAACUGAAUAAAUACUGAUUCUACAGCUCGACCAGCGCCUCUAAGCCGGCUAGAGGUACGAAAAAGCUUCUUUCAUCGCACUAAGAUUUGUAACUAAGUUUAUGACUUUCAUGACUUCUUGUGUCUGAUGGUAUCAUCGCGCUCAAAGCCGGCUUUCUUGCCACCAAGAAACGAUCAACAACUGCUAUCGCUCGGCCUACAUUUCAAAGAUUUGCUCCUCCUUAACUAGAAUAAAGUAAUGUUUAAGUAAAUCGUUUACGUACCAUCGAAGAAAAGUCGCCCAAACUCCAGCACAUUGCUCUUUUUUAAUUUCUCAGUCAUCUUUCUGCAAACUUACUGACGAUCUGCAUCAAAACAAUGAAAAACCUUCGCCGGGACGGUCAAAAACAUUUUCCUUGAUCCCUGGAUUACGUAACAUUUCUUUCCAUGAGUUGCAUUUCUAACGUAUUCGUAGAAUUUCUCCUUCGUUGGCAUUCACAAAUAUGAGUUUAGAUGGUCGAAGAUAAAAUGGUCUCAGAUGCAAGAAUUUCACUUUGCCCGAGUGCUUCGCGCACGAGUUAGACAAGUAAACAAGUGAUGUCACGGACAUGCGUAGUACGUUAUUCAGCCCUGUCCCACAAAGGUCAAAUGUAAACGCGAAGAGUCUCUAAACCUUUUGUUUUUUGCCGUUCUCGUUGCCGUCGUUGUUGCUGAAGCUCCCUGUUGUUGUCAUCCAGAAAUUUUGCCGCAUUGUAACGUGACGUCACACUUCUCCUCUCAAAGAGUGACUUUGCCGGACAUAUGUCCUUUCGAAAGUUAAAAAAUGAUCAAGCAGUUUUGUUUCCUCUGCGAACCGUAGCCCCUAACAUAGGAAGGGGUAAAUAAUUUUUUUCAGCCCCGUGGGCUUAUGUUUAGCAUAAGGGUAUGUUCAAGCUAUACUUCACGGCCGCGAAAAUCAUACCGGAUAGGGUUUCUGUUCACACACAAGAACGGUGAUUUCGGCGAGAUUUCUGUGAGGGAGCAACGCUGCACCUCGCCGAUCUCGAAAGUUACAUAUCGGAUAGUUUUUGUGCCAUACUUCGGUGCAGUGAGUGUAAACUUCUAUUCGGACCGUCGCCGAAGUAAAUAGGGAGCUUUAGCAUCGACGACGGCAACUGCAGCGAAAACUUCAGUUUAAAAUGAAUUCCCGUUUUUUCAAUCUUUGUCGCGUUUAUUCCAGUUUGCUGAAAAUGGCAAGUGUAUACGAAUUUCCCUGGAAUUGAUUUCUUGAGGACCGCUCUCAAGUUUAGAGAGAGGAAAAGAGAUUCGUCGUCGCUUGUUUACUUCCUCCAUAAAACUUGCAAUUAGGCAUUUUCACGUCGUAGUCGUGCAAGGACGGUCAAGAAAUGUACAAAAAAGCGUGGUGCACGUGCAAAGUUGUUGUUUUGCGUAAUAAACCUAUUGCUUUUUUAACGUCCUCUUUGCCGUCGCCGUCGUCGUUGCUAAAGCUCCUUAACAAGUAGGAGCAAGGACUGGAACCCACCGAGACGAAAGGAAAUAUUCAGGAGUGAGGACUGGAAUUAAGUGCACCAAACCCUCUCAGCCAACUGCGCCCGCACAACGUUCGAUGUGUGUGAACGACUUGUUCCGCCCCGGACCGUUGCUGUUCAUACUAUACCGGACAGAGACACGAAAAGCUAUCCUGCAUAGUGUGAACACAGCCUAAAAAUAAGAUGCCCCCCCACCAGAUCCGCCACAAACUACUGCUUGUUUCCUUAAAAUAAUGUGCAAUACUAUGACUAAGUAAUAAGCGUUUGUAUGAUUUCAUCUGUUAAGACGUGUUUUAUGAAGGGACAAUUGAACGACUAACUGGCUCUGAAGUAAAAGCGGUAUCUAUUCUUGUUUGGUUCUAUGACAGUGUUUCAUGUAUUUAAUGUUGAGAUCUUUUCCCUUGCAGUGAAAAUAGAAUAGAACAGUUUGGUCGUUUUAUAAAGACUAUGGAUGAGAGUGUCAAAGCCAUUCAAGAUCGAGGUCAAAUUCACAGUGAAAAGUGUCAGGGAUGUAAGUCUGAAAAACUUUAUUUAAGAUACCGCCAAAUGAGGGUUCAUAGAGACGAGAUUUGAUUUAAAGUUUUUUCGCGUGUUGUCAAAAAAUAGUCACCCCGAAUUGCUUCAUUAUGGUUUUCUUCACCAGAAACGUUCGCACUGUUAUCUUUACUGGAGGAGGUUAAGCCCUGAUCUCCCAAUCGCAAAAUGAUUCAUUUUGUAAAAGUUACAACUGGGGUUCGUACAGAGUAUUGAAUUCUUGAAAAAGUGUUGAAAUUUGCCCAGCAUUUUUCCAGACCUGGAAAAAGUCUGGAAAAUAGAGGUCAAGUCAAAAUGGUAAAGCGUCUUGAGUUUUUUACCAAGCUGCGAGCAAGCUGUCCUAUUUGAGCGAGCGAAGCGAGCUACAUGGUCGUCAGAUAUUAUUAAUCACUCGUAUGGUUACAGGCCGAAUUGGACUCCACUCAGUCCUGUUACCAUUACUUAUUAUUAGUAGUAGUAAUAACCAAAGGUUACGGAGUGCGGGCGACAACAUGGAAGGUCAAAAGGCUUUCGCUUCAACGCUGUGCUUUGCGUAAGUUUCAUGUGACAGAUGGUCAAAACACACGUGGUCAGAGUACGAGGGGUAGAAUGUCGAAACGCGCGUGAUCAAAUUGCGUUUUGUGUAUUUCAUUCAUUCUUAGUGGAAGUCCAAACGAAAGCCGGCUACAUACAUGCGACGCAUGCGCAAUAAAAACCUGGAGUUUAGGAUUGCGGGCUCCUUUUGUCGCCCGCAAUUAUUACUAUUAUUAUUAUUAUUAUUAUUAUUAUUAUUAUUAUUAUUAUUAUUAUUAUUAUUAUUAUUAAUGAAUUAACUUAGUAUAUCAGGCCGUGGGGAAUAGUUAUAUAUGUGUAUAUGCUUGUUUUGUGUUUUGCUGGGUUGAUCUCAAGGCUUCUUUUUCUUGACAGCUUACCGGGCGGAGUACAAGAAAGUUGGUAGUACUUUUGCAUCGCUAAGCGCGGCCUUCGCUAUUGACGAAGAUUCAGAAAGUAAGGAAUUUACUUCUCAUAUAUAUCUACACAUGAAUUCAGCUUUAUUAACGUGUUGACGGGAUUUUAUUGAGGCGUUUUGUCCUUUCCAAUCAAAAGCCUUUUAAAAUGUAAAUAAUGUCGUGGACGUUUCAUUUAUGGUGAUGUAGCAGGGCUGUGCUUUAGCAGAGCCCAGUGGCCCCUGGCGCCUAACUUUUGCUCUCGGGCGACUAGGAUAGCUUUUUCAUACAAAUCAUAUGCUGGGUACCCUAGAUUUUAUAGGAUCAGAGCACUGGGCUCCCUACAAUUUUCCUUAGAGCACAGCCUUGUGUAGGAUUAAAGGUUAGGACGUCCAUAAACGAGAACUUUAUAGGCGGACGUCAUUGUUUACAGUUUUGUCCAUUAGCAUACGCGAUGAUCCAUAGAAGACGCUAGAAGACGUCGCCGUAUAAUGUAUAUCAUUUUUUAGAUGUUGUAAAGUUUAUUUAGCCGGUUUGCAAGUAAAUCAAAUGUUGAUUCACUGUGUAGAAGCGCUGAAAUAUGUCUGAACUGGUCUCAGGCUCUUUCUACAGUAGUUUGGGCUUUUUGUAGAGUGUAAUAAUUCAUUUGAAGUACAAGUCGUGAUUAUGUUUUACAGUGAGGAGUGUUCAGUGAGGUGUAUUUUCUCCGCAGGCUCAAAGCGAUUAACAGAAGCUGUAGAACACACAGGAAGAACGUAUGAUGAGAUAGGAGAGAUGAUAGCUGAACAGGUUGGUAUAGACGAAUUUUUGAAAUGCUUUCCAAGUUGAAAGAACCUUAGUGCAGCAGGCUUUCAAUUAAUAUUUUUCUCUUUUUAGAAAGGGCAUAUGUGCAAUUAGGUCUACGUUUAGUCGGACAAACAAGAAAAAUUGCUGGACGUACAGUCGCACAUUAUGUUGGCUUUUAAUUUCUUCAAUUACCAUUGAAAUCUUCAGCCACAAAUUUUGUCUGUCCAUUCGUCAUGUCCGACCAUAGUUAGGGUCUCGUUGGACAUGUUCACAAUUUUGUUACAUUUAUUUGCUGUUCUGGUUGUCGAUGAUAAAUGCGCUUUAAGAGCACUGUAUGAAAUAGGCGUUUACAUUUUUUCUCUCAUUAACAUAUGCUCAUCAUUAUUUGAUGAAGCUAAUAAAAUAAAAUCUCUGAAUAUUGAAAGAUAAUAAAAAUUUCAGUUAUCUCUGAAAAUUUGAACCCGAUAUACCGAAUGGUUUCAGAGAAAUUCUCUUUUAAAAACUCGAAAUUUUACAAAGAAUGUAUGGUUCAUUAACUUUCUUGCAACUCAGCAAUUUCGCAGUUUUCGAUGGCUGAUAUUUCGUUCAAUAAUAAUUGCAAAGAGCUGAAAAUUGCACAAAUUUCUAAAGUUAAUCAGUUCUUUUCAGUUUUGAAUUUAGUUCAUUUAUACGGCAACGGCUUCUACGAGUUAAGUCGUUUGCUAAUGGGGAAUAAUGUAAACAAUGACGUCAGCAAAGGUUCGCGUAUAGUCCAGUUUCAAUUUAGAAAAUUACCACUGAAUACAAACAUUAACGACACAUUCAUACAGGGUUAGCCUCGACAUAAAGUAAAAUAUUCAGAAAUUCCAGCAAGUCAGUCAGAGUAAUUAACAGGUCUUCUCGUUGGAAUUUGUGAAUAUAUUUACUUCAGACGGAGGCUAAACCUGUAACAAAUGCCUCUUCACGUCGAGUCUUCACGAGUUUUUAAAACUUAAAGGAACUUUUCGCUGUUAUACCCAAUAAGUAUUCUGAGGAAUGUGUUUUCUAACAAUUUGUUUUCUUUUAUAGCCCAAAAAUGAUUAUGUACCGUUGAUAGAAGGACUCAAAGAAUAUUCAGGAAUGCUUAGUACAUACCCGGAUGUUUUACAAGUUCAUAAGGUAAGAGUUGUUUUGCCUCCGAAAAGAAAAAGGGGCAACGUAUAAUGAACUUUUCUUAAACCAGCGCCAUGAAAGGUAUAUUGUGGAACUUGUGUAUAUCAACAAAAUGGAGGGACAAGUUACAAGAAAAAUGGUGCAUUUUACAACUUUAUACUGUUUUACAUAGAUUUUAAGAGGAAGCGAGGUUGGUGUUGACUUUGUUGUUACACAAACCUUAGUCCUUUUCAUUUAUCAACUUUGCAUCACAAAAAAAGCACAUGUAAAAAAAGAAAGAUCUGUUUCUGUAUCAAAACAAGUCGACUCUGCCUUCUCUUCCGCCCAAAGGCGAGGUCACCAAGCGCAUAACCGUAGAAUGGGCAAUUGCGCAGAGUAACGGGGCCUUAAAGGGUAGUAGAGGACGCCUGUUCACAGUGUUCGCUCGCUUAACACUGGCCUUAAUUCUGACCAAUUACUAUCGAGAGCUCUAUUCCAGGCCUGUGUUCGUUUCUCCCUCGGGAGCGGCUUUCUGUGUAUAAAUAAACACGUGUGCAAGCAAAUUUGUAUGGUUUGGCUGCAAGGGCGGGAGGAUUGGAUUCAUGCACCGUCGAAGCCCCUUAAGGAGGUGGGGGGUUGGUCUACACCCGUUUUGCUUUGUGGUUCGUUUUUUUACACCUCCCUUCCCCCAAUUUUCUCUCUUAUCUUGGUCUAGUCCUAUCGCUUUCUCGCCUGCGGACUCGCAUGUCCCGUAACUCAUCUGUCGACUCUCCAGGCCUUUUUUAGGCGAGCGCCCACUGGGAAUGGAUUACGAAAAUCAUUUUGUUUUCUAAGAAUGAAACGGUAUAUAGUGGAAACCUUUAUUAAGCGGACUCUCCCCAUUUAGCGGACACGAGCGUCAGUAAGUUCCAUUCCCCCUCGUCAUUUGACGACGGGAAGCGCGCGGAAAGUACUAAACACGACUUCCGGUGCCCAAUUUGUCGCUCAGCGAUUGGUCAAGCUAAUUAUUUGAUUUGCGCGAGCCGUCGUCAACUGACGUUCCCGUUCUGUCGCUAAAUCAGCCUAUUGAGCGGACCCGUACACCUCUAUUAAGCUGACACUAAUGGGAAUACCGUUGUUGUCCUUCAUUGCACUUGUGUGUCUUUCUUUCGUCUAAUAGGGCACGAUAAGUAAAGUUAAAGAAUGUCAGAGACUUAAAGACGAGGAAAAAAUGGAGGUAUUUGAUGAGUGACAUGUAGCUGACGGGAAAUUUUUCCCUGUCCUUCUUUUUUUUUUCGCAUCACUCAAAUUACAUUUAGCAGUCACGUCGUUGGGUUGUUUUCUUCAGUAUAAUGGAGUGUUUACUUGCAUUAGUGCACACACUCUUGACUUCAAUCAAUUGGCCUGUUUUAGAGCUUGCGCGCUUAAUUUCACUUGUGUACUUUUGUAGUCACUUAAAAACCGUGGAAGUAAGAAGUAAUUGUAAUAUUUCACAAUGGCUUGCGUUCACCAUUUGUAAGGAAAAAAUCAAAAUGAAACAGUUUCAUUAAACUACUUAAUUCCACUCUAGGCGGAGUGAUCUUUUGCUUGUGAUUUUCCAACCGAAAAUCGAGAGUCUUGGCAAAAUGGGCGGAGUGCGGGAGAGGUCGGGUAAGCGGGGUUUGGCAGUCAGUUUUAACGGGAAUCCCGGUCACUUCUGUUGAGACGAAGAAAGAGCAAUACGACAGAGUUUUCAGUUUUUAACAAUGGUUAACACUUAGAUUGAACUUUAAGGGUACUGGGCGCCUGGAUUUGUGUGAUUGUUUUUUUUAAUGAAAUGUUACUCAUUUUAAAUUGAUUUAAUUGUUUUACAGUACGCAACAUUUGAAGAAAUAAGUGCUCGUGCAGACACAAUAACAAACGUUUCAUUUGGUAAGUUUACGUGAGCGUUUCAAAAUAAGCAGCUAAAGGUGGAUUUCCACUGACGCAUAACUUUUGGUUGUGUAUGCGCGUAAAAUUUACGUCCGUAAAUGAAAGAAGCUCCGCGUAUAAACGUAAGAGCUGAGCGAGGUUUUACUUUAACGUUUGCGCAUGACUUCCCAUACAUUGCCGGCUGUAUUUAAUUUAUGUGCGUACAAUUUACGUGCGCACGCUCGUAAAAAUUACGCGACAGUGCGGAAAUUCACCUUAAGCGUUGGUCAGACCGUGCGGGAGCGAGAAAAUGCUACGUGAACCCUUUGACAGUCUAGCCUAAAGGAAAUGGCACGGCCAAGGGACUGGCAAAAUGUGUUCGCUAUAUCGAGGUUCUCUUUCAUUAUCUUAAUAUGUCUGGGGUAAAGAAAAUCGUUUGUUAUACCGACUGUACCGAGGACUUCGUUUUUUAGAGGUUAUAUAGACAUUUUACAUUUAAAUCACUUAAUGAUGUAGCACCACCUUAUAUGGAAGAACUGUUAGUUCGUUAUAGACCACCAAGAACUCUAGCUGCGUUCUGCAGAUAGAGGACUCCUAGUACAAACUAAAUACAACCUUAAAACCUAUGGUUACAGAGAUUUUUCACACGCAGCUCCUAAGAUGUGGAAUUCCCUGCCAGUCAGUAUACGCGCAUGUUGUGAGCUGGGCGCUUUCAAAUCAAAAAUUUUUAAGCGUGCUUUUCAGCUGUAAUUUUAGUUUAUUUUUUAUUAUUUGUUAUUUAUUUAUUCAUUAUUAUUUAUAUUUAUGUUUAUAUUUUUGCUUUUUAUUUUAAACAAAUAAGUCAUUGUGAUAUUUUAUUAGGUUUAUUACUAUUAGUACUAAUUAUAAAGCGCUUUGGAUCACAAAGAGAAAGGCGCUAUAUACGGUGUAAUGUAAAUUUUUUCUGCCUGUGUCUUAUUUGUGAUUUUUCUUAUUACAAUCCUAUUUUGACAGCGGAAAUGAGUCAUUUUCACGAUCAAAAAGUUGCAGACUUCAAAAGCAUGAUGCAGCAUUUUAUUCAAGAGCAAAUAGAUUAUCAUCAAAGGGUAAGUUUGACAAAAUUUUGCGUAGUAUCGCAUUUUUACUAGUAGACAUGUGCCAGCACUUUCAGGCAAUUUAGAGACGUAUAUCGUAAACCCGGGUUACACGGGUGGAUGGUUAGGCCGUUUGAUAUUCCCAACAAUGGUCAAACGCGCAUGGAAUUGCUUCCAAAAGUUGGUCUCAAUAAUCUCGCAAUGUGGCGUGCCUUAACAUUUUUUUUUAAAAAUGUAUUAAAGCAAUAUAGCAACCGUCUGUCAGGGUUGUGCAAACUUAGGCUCUUACUCGACGAUCAACUCCGUCAAAAGCAUAUAUAUCAUUAUUAGCCAGUAGCUAACAAAGUGACUGGGACUCUGCGACAUGUAUAACGUAUUCUACAGACUACUAUCAACGUCUUACUUUAGAAAGCUGGUUUACUAACUUAGAACAAACGCCACUGAAUCCUAGCCAAAAGUUACCAGCGCCGUACUAACGACUUAUUGACGAGAUCAAGCAAAAGUAACUACGAGAGAAUGACAAUUUGACUAACAAUAGACGACUGUUGAACUGUGACAAUAGACGGAUCGAAACGCACCAAUUACUGAUUACGCGUCUUCAUAGCCAAUAACAUCACGGCUUAACUGACAGACGACCAAUAACAUUGCGACGUAAUUGACCAAUCAGAUCAAUAACCAGAGUAUAAUACCAUCAACUGACGUGAUACAACUCACUUUGACUCUGAAGAUGACUACCGCACAGGUUGUCGAAACGUCAGUUACUGUCAACAACAACAGUCCUAUUCAGGACUACGUUCACCUGGACGAUCAAACUCAACCUACUUUUGAAACGACUCCUGGGUUCAAACCUUUCACAAAGUGAUAAGCCUUACCAGGAUUGUGCCCUUUGGUUUUAUCAAUGUUCCUGUCACUUUCUUACCCCUUUGUCUCUGUUUCUCCUUUCCUCAGGUUAUACAAAAGUUAGAAGAUUCAUUGAGGAUGUAUGAUAAUAUCCAGUAAAUACGCUUUGUCAUAAGCUGCAUUUUCCACAAAUCUCAAUGCGAACAAAUACCUAAAAAUUAUCUCCCCAAGUUUUAAACAGAGAAUUGCGCUGAGCAACUUGUUUGUCUCAAAAUAACUUACUUUAGUGGACUUGACCUGGGACGUUUCCCGUUGUAAGUUGACUAAGUUCAGAAGAGUUUUAGGUAGAAAAGAAAAAAAAUUCAUCUAGUUUGCAGAAGGCAUCAGGGAGAUCUAAUUUUGUGAAAAAGAAAGCAAACAAUAGAGAGAUUAAGCAUCGCGUUCACGGCAAACGUGAGAUUCAAGUUGAGACAUUUUCAAAAUGAGAAAUGAGCAGAUAAAAACAGCUUAAAGCAAUUCUUACGGAUAGAAUUGGUGUGAAUCUACUGAUUUUCGAGUAGUUAUAAUGAACAGCAAACGACAAGUAAAAGUAAACUUGGUCAAGUGGUACAAAUUCACGUUUGCCAUGUGCCGUUAACGCGAUGGUUAAUUUCUCCAUUAAUGACAAAUCCGACAACUACAGAACCCUUUGAAAUGCCAUAUAGUUUUCUCGAACAAGGAAAUUGUAGUAACUCUAUUUUGUAAAUGAUAAAAUUUAACGAAAUUUACCAAUGAGAAACUUUGAGGUAGACGAUUUUGCGAAAAAGAUUGUUCUGAGGUAGUAAGUUUUCUCUUUUUGAUCAAUGUUCUGGGACACUUAAAGUCUGAGAUUCUAAGUGACUUAAAUAAGACAAAUUGAGCUGCUACUACGUGUAAUUUCUUAUCACACAUAAGCGUGAGGUCAUCUGAUUAAUGUAACAUAUUAAAUGUACGUGUUUACUUCAUGAAUCUAGAGCUACUCGACCAAUUUCUCUGCAGUGCAGUCCCAGUUUACGGCCGAGAAUACGAAUGUAAUCUCUUACGUAAUGUUAGGAAUUGGUGAAGUCGUGACAAACGAAGAUGAUACUUUAUAUUUGCAAAGAUCAAUUAACAACAGAAGAAAUAGUCAUAAUUUACUUUCUCUACCAAACAGUUCGCUUGUACUUUUUCUUUCCUGUCAUGCUGGUUGCUGAGCGACAGGGCUAUGCAGGAUUGAAAUGAAUUGUCAAUCAGCUAACCUGGUCCCCAGGACCUUCUCGUGCAAAACGGCGGCGCGGGCGCAGAUUUACUGCUGGACAAUGCAAGAGAUGGUCCUGGAUGUUUGCUAUUGCAGCUUGCAAGCAUGCAAUAUAGUAGGACAUGGAAGGAGAGCGAGUGCGAUGAAUCGUAUCCCUUAAUAGUUCAGAGAAUAUUAACACUUUAAUCGGGAUUUGGAAAACAGAAAUACUACAUAUAUCAUAUCAGCUAGGUAGAUAUUCUAUCACUCUGGUGGUGCAGUGGAAUGAGUGCCUGUUGAUUUUUUUCACAAUACGAUCACUCGAACGCAGCUUAAACGUUCAUUCUUAGUUCCUUUCAUGACUUGAAUGUAAAUACUACACCAUUUAGUUAAGUUAGAUAUAUUUUAAUGACUAUAAUUAAGGGUAUGCUUUAGUUAUAACAUCAGACAUUGCUAGGUCAAUGGAAACAGCGAUAACAUUGCUCGAAAGGCUUUUCGGCAUUAAAGAAUUGCGAUGUAUGGGGUUUUAAUUUUCCAGUUAUAUAGUUAUGGUCUUUACAGGUUCGUCAAAUGUUCACAAACGUCACUAGAACUGGCAAUAAAAAGUAAGGGCA